AUGAAAUUCUAUCCUCUCCUGGCCUUUGGCCAAAUCGCAUACACCCUCAAUGUCGGGCCAAACUACCAGCACCCCAUCGAAGACCUCGAUAAGGACCUCCCAUUCUCGCAGCCCGUAACCUUCGCCCAUUUGGAGUGGCAGCGCUGCCUCGCCGCUUCACACAAUACACCCAUCGACAUCGCAGUGCUAGGCUUCCCCUACGACACAAGCACGUCCUACCGCCCCGGCGCACGCUUCGGACCCCGCGGUAUCCGCGCCGGCUCCUCACGCGAGAAAAAAGGCCGCAGCUACAAUACCGUCUGGGGCGUCGAUCCAUUCGAAGAAGACCUAUCGAUCAUCGACUGCGGUGAUGUCCCGAUAACGCCCUUCGACGCCGCACACGCCUUUAAACAGAUGGAGCAGGGGUACAGACAGGUCCUUUACCAUGAGACGACAUCUAACGGGAGUAAGGCCGGUUGGACGCAUCCUCGCAUCGUGAGUCUAGGCGGGGACCACUCGAUUGUUCUCCCGAUAUUGCGCUCGCUGAAGACGGUCUAUGGGCCGAUUUCCGUUAUUCAUCUUGAUUCGCAUCUGGAUACUUGGGAUCCGUAUGAGGGGUAUACGGGGAUUGCGUCGGAGCAGAGUGCUAUCACGCACGGGACGUUCUUCUGGCAUGCGAGUCGGGAGGGGUGUAUUAAGAAGGGGGCGAGUGUGCAUGGUGGAUUGCGGACGAAGUUGUUUGGGCCGAAGGAUUAUGAGAUUGACGAGCAGACUGUUGGGUUCCAUCGUAUCGAGGCGCACGAGAUUGAUGUCAUUGGCGUCGAGGGGAUCGUGAAGAGGACGGUCGAUGUGGUUGGGGAUAACCCGGUGUAUCUCUCUAUUGAUAUUGAUGUUCUCGACCCGAGUAUUGCGCCUGCGACGGGCACGCCUGAGUCUGGGGGUUGGACGACCAGAGAGCUAAAGCGGUAUAUCAAGGGAUUGGAAGGACUUAACCUGGUUGGAGCUGAUGUUGUAGAGGUCAGUCCGCCGUACGAUUCGACUGCUGAGACUACUUCGGUGGCCGCGGCAGAUCUCAUUAUUGAUAUCCUGGCGGCGAUGACCAAGAACAAAAAGGGAGUCCCUGCUCGGGCUGCAGGGAAAGAUGAAUUGUGA